CUUUCAAUUUAAUUUUAUAACUUAAUUUAUACAGAAUAUUGUAUGAAAAUUUAAAUUUAAAAAGACAUAUAUAAGAAUACAUAUGUUUUACAACACCCACGGGCAGAAAUUAGGAAAAAAGUGUGCCUAUUCUAAGCUACGCUCCAAAAAACCGCCUUUUCCCAGAGAACGCGUCAUAUGACGUAAGGACAGGCAAACAUAGGCGCUGCCGCCCUCGUUCUCAGUGUGGGUUUACGUAGUCUGAGAGGUGGAAACAGAAAAUAGAGAUUGUCGUUAUCGUUAUUAUAGUUAUAGUAGGUUUGAGUUGUCACAAUGGUGAAUUCUUGUGUUUGUUUUGGAUGCAACAACUCCAACUUGUCUGGCCAUCGGGUCCACCGAUUUCCAAACAAGAAACACAAAGAUUUCCGUGGUUGGAUACGUUUCGUCCAGGCAAAGAGAAGCAAUUUCGCUGCCUCCUCGUUGACAAGACACACGGUGGUAUGUGAAAAACACUUCACACAGGACAGCUACAACCAAGGAGAUCUUAUGGAAUUUCGCAUGGGAUUUCGACGAAAAGAGUGGGUUAGGCUGGCAAAUGGAGCUGUGCCAUCGGUGCAUGCAAGUCCACCUGCAAAAUCUGGCGGGAGUGAAGAGUCUAACGUUAAUGUUAGCACUAGGAGAGAAUCUGCGCGUCGAAAACGGGAGCUUUGCACAAUUUUGGGAGAGAGUGCUGCCAGCAAAGACGGGGCGGGUGCAACUGCCACUUCAGAUCCUGAAGAUGAUGGAGAUGGAGACAUCUCUACAGUGGACCCUGAGCCAGAAGUGGUCCAUCGUGGAUCACAGUGCAACAUAAGAUUUUUACAUCGUUCAUUAGGUGUUCAGGUAAAGCCUCAGAUGGUGGAUGUGGGGACUCAAACCGAAAGGUUUGAGCAUCGCAGAUCAACUCCACUGGCCAGUCCUGAACAAAGUGAUGAUGAAUGGUCAUUUUCUGAUAUCAUCAAUCAUUCUGGUGAUAUGUCAUGGAGUCCAGGGGAGGAGAUGUUGAGCGAGUCCUCUGAGGAGGAACCAGAAGAGCUGGAAUCUCUCAGUGACCCAAAUGCUGUUGACAAGUUCAUUGUUUGCCAGAGGCAGUUGCUGUCCUUGUUCACGGUUUGCUCUGCAUGCUGCGGGGAAACCCAGGGACACAUAAUGCACCCGGAAGGAACUUUCAUAAAAGUCAAGCAGGCCUGCGGAACUUGUGGUUAUGAACGUUACUGGCAAAACCAAGAGAAGGUGCAUCGAAACAUGCCUGCCUGCAACCUUUUACUCAGCGGUGCCAUCCACUUCUCAGGUUGCAUGGCUACUCAGACAAUCAGGAUGCUGAAGCUGUUUGGACUGCAGUGCAUAAGUCCCGGGACUUUUUUCCGCCAUCAGCGCUAUUACACUAUCCCUACCAUCGUGCAGGCCUGGAGGACUGAGCAGAGGGGGAUCAUCAGGGAGUUGAAGGAGACUGGGGGUGGAUUGAUCCUGUCUGGUGACUGCAGAUCAGAUUCUCCUGGACACUGUGCCAAAUAUGGUAGCUACUCCUUGAUUGAGGAUCGAAUUAACAAAGUUUUGGAUGUUCAGCUUGUCCAAAGCUCAGAAGUCCCAAGCAGCUCUUGGUGUGAGCUAGAGGGUCUAAAGCGGAGUAUGCAGUUCCUGAUGGACCAAGACAUGCAAGUAUCUGCUCUGAUAACAGACAGAAAUCGGCAGGUGGCCAAGUGGGUACGUGAGAAAAUGUGUUCAGAAGGAACAAGGCAUUUCUUUGACGUCUGGCAUAUUGGGAAAAGUGUACAGAAAGCACUGGAUGCUGCUGCAAAAGAGAGGGACUGUGAGGAUCUGAAGCUGUGGAGGCCAGCCAUUAUCAACCAUCUCUACUGGACCGCAGCUUCCACCCCUACAGGAGAUCCAGAUGAGGUGCAGGCAAAAUGGCAGAGUAUGAUAAAUCAUGUACAGGACAUACAUGAACACAGCACUCCUGCAUUUACCAGCUGCGCACAUCCACCGUUGGAAGGAGAGGCAAGAAACAAGGAGUGGCUGGAACCAGGAUCACCAGCAGCCACUAAACUGGAGAGUGUAGCUGCCAGGAAAGCACUGGUAAAGGAUAUUCGACAAUUGUCACCUCAGCAUCAGACAUUCUCCCUGGAGGCCUACCAUUCCCUCAUUCUGCACUUUGCUCCCAAACACACUGGCUUUUCUUUUCUUGGGAUGUACAGCAGACUUCUCUUGGCAGCCCUACAUUUCAAUAGUAAUGGCAACCGAGAUGUAGCGCGAACUAGUGAGGGUGAGGGACGCUAUGCUGUUCGCUACCCACGGUUUCGGAAAGGUGGCUGGGUAGUCCACCCCAUCAAGGAGAAACCAUCUUACGGAUACGCAACAAAUCUUAUGGUCUCUCUGGUAGAGGAAUACUGCAAGUCACCACAGGCCCUACAAGAAAGCAGUGCCGUCUUGUCCUCUGCUGCACCGCCCCCCCUCACCUCUUCCCUCCAGAAGGUUGCCAAGGAUGAGGCAGUCAGCCUCCAUCUCGCACGACACUCACGUUUUAACAUGUAAUAAAAGAUCAAUUUUAACAGUACAGUUUGUUUCUGUAAGGGAAACAGGUCAAUU